UGUUACAGAGGUGGUCAUUCGCUAUGACAGACCUGUUUGAAGGAGUGACUUUGAUAGUGAACAACAGAGACCGGGACCAGCUGGACACCCCCCAGCAGCUGGAGAACAAAGUGCGUAACAAGCUGGUGCUGCUCUAUUUUGGGUCCAGGGAGUGCCCGAAAUGCCAGGAGUUCACCCCCGUGCUGCAGGAGUUCACUAACCAGCUGCUGGAUGAGUUCUACGUGGAACGGGCAGCUCAGCUGGUGCCCGUGUAUGUCUCCCAGGAUCAAACAGAGGAGAAGGAGCAGCAAUACCUUAGGACACUGCACAAGAAGUGGCUCUAUCUACCUUUCCAGGACAGGUACAAGAGGAAGUUACAAAAAAUGUACAACAUUAACAUCAUCCCAAGCAUCAUUGUUCUAAAGCCCAAUGGAGACCUCAUCACCAGAAAUGGAGUGGCAGAGAUCUCCACAUUGGGGGUGGGCUGUUUCAAGAACUGGUGGGAAGCAUCCGAGAUCAUCGAUAGGAAUUUUCUCCUGGCAGAAGACUUCGAAGACUGGACCUGGAAGAGCAUGACCGAUCCCUUAAGGCAGCUUAAGUACAAGAUUAAGAAGACUGGGGAGGAGAAAGUCCAUGAGAUAGACUGAGCAAUGUUGUGUGUUACAGCUCCAGCUUCCACCCAAUGCUUUUCAAACGCUUUCCAUGACACAUCCCCACAAUUAAUUAUUCCCUCCUGUCACACAUUAGCAAAACUCUACUCCAAAACUAAAUUGUGGAUUGGAACAUAGAGAAAUUCCUUUCGUAAUCCUCGGUCGUCUCAG